AUGAAUAUGCGCGACCUUUCCAAGGACGACGAUUUCCUCAGCCACCUUCUCGUAGAAAAAUUGGGCACAGGAACCGUUCCCCUCUUGGUUCACAAGAUGGAUUCGUCCAGGAGACUUCCAAAGACUGAUGCUCAGGUGUUGAUGCAAAUUGUUCGACGCCUCGUCAUCACCAAAGGUCCGAUUCACCAAGUCAUUCGCCAGGCUGUCGACGAAUUGCUCACAUUGCCCGCCAUUCGCUACUAUCUCAAGUCCUUCACUCAAAAACAGAUCAAUGCCUUCGCCACCCACGCCUCCCGCUACUUUGAGCUUUAUCAUCCAUCGGGUUGCAUUGAGAUCGCUCAUACCUCGCGGUACUCCCAUCGCACUGGCAAGUCCGAACUUUGCAUUCUCGCUACACGUUUCCUAGCCCCGGGCACUGUUAUCACUGAACUCAAGGGCUCGAUGGCCAACCUGACGGACGAGGAGGAUAAAGAACUAAAGCGUACAGGCAUAAAGCAUUCAGACAUCAGGAGGGACUUUAGUGUCAUUCAUUCAAAGUCUAUGAAAAAGAACCACCUUUUUUUAGGACCUGCCCGAUUUGUUAAUCACGAUUGUGAUAACAACUGUGAACUUUUUCGUGAAGGCCGGUACAUUACCUUCAGAGUUCUCAGGCCGAUCUCAAUCGGCGAAGAAAUAACCGCGCAUUACGGUGACGGCUAUUUCGGUCGGAGAAACCGACACUGUCUGUGUGAAACCUGCGAGAAGAAUGGCAGAGGAGGAUAUGCUCCUGACCACACGGACGACGAGGCAGAACCAAUCUCUGAGUCUAGCUCUGACUCCGACUCUGACUCUGAUUCGGACACAUCUACGAGCGAUUCGGGCAGCGACAUCGGAGAAGAGGAGGAGAGGCCACUUUUAAAUCUCAAUGAAAGGAGGACACGUCGCGGAGUAUAUGCGGUUUUCAGUCGCAAAGAAGAUGACUCCGAUGAGAGCGAGAACGAAGAGGAUAAUAAGGUACCACUGGCAAAUGCGGAGGAUAUCCCUGCUGACGGAGAAAUCGAGCUUACUGCUGAAGUCGAUGCGGUAUCUGAGUUAACCUCCCUUCCACCUUCAGCUCCCCCUUCUGAUGCUCCCGACGCCAUCCUUACAACUCCCUCAUUUACACCUAACCCUAACCGCCUUUCCAGAUCGUCCUCAUCCCUCACCUCCUUGUCAUCAUCAUCCACUGAUCAACCUGGCAGUCCAUCUAGUGCCAAAUCCACCCCCUAUAGGUCAAUCAUCUCAACCCGUCGUCAAAGUGCGAAGGAAUGUGGAGCUGGGUCCAUUUCUAGUGAAAAACAAACACCUUCGGAUUCCGCGACCGUUCACGAUAAUUUAAGCACUCCCUCCAAGCAUACUACCCGCUCUGUUUCUUCUGUGCUCCCUUCAGGAAAGCUGGACAAGGGCAAAGGCAAAGAGGUAGCUCCCGGAACCCCGACUUCAACACCUACCCCCAGUAAAAAUCUGAAGGGCAAUGCGUCUGUCAAAGAUGACAUAAAGAUCAAGAAGGAAGAGCCAGAGAAUCGGGUGUUGCGUUCGCGGCCCUCAGGACCUGGCGUCACCGAAGUUGUGAAAGGUCCUCCAGCGAAACGUGAGAUGCCGAGAGGCCCUGAUGGGAAAUUAUUGCCAGUUUGUUCGACUUGCUCCAACGUCCUUCCUGUCAUACAAGUCGAUUCCAAGAUUGUUUGGGGGAUGUCAAUGGAAAAUGGAAAGAAAAAAAAGCAGAAACAGGAAUGUCCUAGGUGUCUUCGGCAUUUUGCCAUUUACAACCAGGCUUGGCCAUCUCGCGUUCCUCCCGCGGGAACUAUUCUUCUUCCCACUCCACGAGGCACGACUCCACUAGAAACGGUCACUAAGCGCGUGACACAGAAAGGACUGUCGGUUCUAGAUCGCAAACUUGCUGCGGCAGCCUCAGCGUCGUCAUCUUCUACACUCGGAAAAUCGAAGAAGCGUGGCCGAGAAGGAAAAGAUGAGGGGCCGCGCCCUACUAAGCAGCGCAAGACAGAGCGUGUGCAACCCCCUAAUAAAGUAAUAAUUAAGGUGAAGAAAACGUCGGCCACAACUCCUACGAAUGUCCCUCUACCCGCCGCUGACCAGGAGUCUCCUGUGAAACGCAAGCGCGGUCGUCCUCGCUUGACCUCGCCCAGAUACCGACCUAAGCCGGGUAAGGUAGCAAAGCAACCAGUGGCGAAUUCUGUCCAAAUCAAAGUCGAGGAAAGGGCUACGGACCUCUCCAGUGAAUCGCAGCCGAGGUUUACGAAUGGGCGAUUUGGAAAGAAAGACAAGUCUGGCGGGAGUGGUGAAGGGUCUGCUGCUGGUAGUAAUGAACAGUCAUCGGCCCGAGCAGAGCGCGCGAGCGAACGCGGCAAGGCGAAGGCAGGGCGGAAACAGGUGGGGCAGACACCCACCAAAGCCUCUGACUCGAAGAGCACAUGGACUUCCCCGAGACGUAAGCGGCCCCAUGACGAUGUGGACGACUCUCCUAGGAAAAAGUCAUCUCGCGAGACUCAGCAUAGACCCGAGACACUAACCGGUGAGCCAGUGCAGAAAGUCCUGCCACGGCCAAUAUCGGGCUUCAGGGGUGGUAGAUUGUUUUCUAAUCCUAAUCCCCUUCGCUUUGCUCUUCACGCGUGGGCUAGUCCUGUGGUGCUUGAUGAAUCAUCCUCUUCGGAAGACGAGAAACCUCCUGUUACGCCAGAGGAAGAUCUAUCUCCUGCUGCAGAAAUCGUUCUUCCCGGUGAUGACUUGAAUACCCCGUCGUUUUUUCCUCCUCCUGCGUUGCCUGCGCAACCUCCUUUGAUAUUCAAGCCCUCUCCUCUCAAUUUUUCCGCACGCCGUUGGGUAUCAUUGUCCAAGUCAACUACUGCGAGUUUCAGCGACCCAAAGGGAUCUUCCGAGGCAAGGAAUGUAGAGGACGACGAUACUUGGCAGGGUGUCUCGACCCGCAUGAGAAUGGAGAAGCAUAAACGACUAAGGGUGGGGAGCAAAAGUGGGUAUGUGUCCGACAAAGAGAUAUCCAUCACCGCUCUCUGA